AAAAAGUUGAUAUCCAUACAGCAGUGUAACUUUGUCUUUGUCUUUGCCAAGUGUAUCGAAAAUGUCUCCAGGCAGGAUUGUCCCAUAUGCUUGGAGGACAUUCACACAUCCCGUGUGGAAGCUCGCGUUCUGCCAUGCGGUCACCUUCUCCACAAAACAUGUUAUGAAGAGAUGUUAAAAGAAGGGUACAGGUGUCCUUUGUGCAUGCACUCUGCUUUAGAUAUGAGAAGGUACUGGCGUCAGCUGGAUGAUGAAGUAGCACAAACUCCGAUGCCCACAGAGUAUCAGAACAUGAUGGUGGAGAUUCUUUGUAAUGAUUGCAAUUCCCGGUCUACUGUGCAGUUCCAUCUCCUAGGCAUGAAGUGUACAAACUGUGAAUCGUACAAUACUGCCCAAGAUGGAAAAUCCAAGCAGCCUGUGGAGUAGCAGUGCCUAAGCAACGUGCUGCAUACGGCUGGACAAGGAAGACCCUACUGUGGAAGAGACUAUCUGUUAAAAUAAAUUGUUAGUAAACAUUA